GGCCAGCCCCGCCCUUCCCAUGCAGGGAGGAGGCCAGGCUGGGGGCUCCCUGGGGCCACACGCAGGCUCUGGGCCUUCGGGGAUGUUGGGGUCCGACCUCUCCUGCGACCUGAGCAGGUUUCUUCUUCUGAGGAGGCCUCGGAGCCUGAAGAACCAGCCCAGCUUCCAGCCCACGGCCUCCGCUUGGGCGGCAAAGCGGGGUCACAGAGAGUUGGGUGGCCUGCUGGCCUGUGGACUCCUGAGCCUCUCACACAUACAACGAAUCCAUGAGAGUUCUUAAAAAAUGGAUGAUGGUGAAUUUAUCUGUAAUUCUGGAACAAGGGGGGCCUUUCCAAAUAGGAAACAACCCCCAGAAGCCCCCAAGGAAGGACUCUGUCAGAGGGUGGAUGUCACCCCAUUAAAAGCAUAAAACUUUCGCACAGAGAAAAAAUAAUCUAAAAAAAAAAAUCAAAAUACUACAAACUGGGGAAAGGUAUUUGCAAUAAACAUAACAAAUGAGGGUGCACUUCCUUUAAUGACAAGAAACCUAUACAAGUUCGCAAGCAAGCCAACCCCACAGAAAAGGCAGGGGCGGGUCACACGAGGCAGCAAAUCAGACGUGACACUGUGCCACCUCCCUCCCCAUGUGCAGAUGUCAGUCACCAUGACAAGGAGACACCAGCGUGACUCUGCAAAGCACAAGGCUUGUUCCACGUCGAGCUGGAGGCGCUGGGCAGGUGCGGGGCCGAGCCUGCUGGGAGUGUCGGCGCCAGCUGUCGGCGGUCAGACGCACCGCCCUUUAGGGCGAUGGAGCCGCUGCUGGGAAGCUCCACCAUCGACACACACAGAAAAUUCAUCAAGAUCAACGUGCGGUGAUGCUCACAACCUAUCAUUCAAAACCAAAACAGUCCCGAGACAACCCAGCCCCCAAGGAUGUGGUCCUGGAGCUCAGCCUGGAAAGGCCUGGAAACACUGUCUAGGAAACGGAAAUGUCACUUGGAGAACAUGGCUCUGGGAAGACGACGGUUGCAGACGGGAAGUUUCCACUUUGCAGCUGGUAAGAUGGUUUUUGUCGGCCCUUGGAAGCCCUUCAGAACUGGCUCAGGGAGCAGAGACACCCCCAGACCUCGAGGGAGACACUGAGAUGUCGGGGCUCCUCCCACGCGAGUAUUUCAGCCCCUGGGAGGCAGGAGGUGGUCUGAGCUCUGAGCAGUCGCUGGAGGAUGGAGCACCCUCCCCGCCCAAGAGGAAUCGUGUUUCCAGGAGAAGGUUGUUCCCGCCUCCAUCCGCACCCCCUCCCCCAACCCUGAACGGGAGAUCCGUGCUCUGGGCCCACGGUCUCCUUCCCUGCCCAGCCAGCCGAGGCUCAGCCACCGUCCACACACCCACAGUGCCGCCAACGUGGGCGGCGGGGAGGCGCUCACCAUGCAGCACUGCGCCCGCCGGGCUCAGGAGGAGCUGGGGCUGCGCUCAAAAUACCCGGAGCACCCCUUCCAGGCGCCACGUUCGCUGCUCCCUCUGGGCUUUGCAGAACCACCCACCAUGGAGCUCCAGAAAAGGCAGACUCAUGCCGUCCCCUCCGUGGCCACGUGUCCCCAGGCAGAGCAAGGCCACCAGCCCGGACAGAAAGGCUCCCGUGUCUCCUUCCCCAGGUGCCAGGACCCGCAGCCUCCAAACAGAGCCCACGGUCCUCCCCUCUCCGAGCAGCUUCCUGGCAGUUUUUUCCCAGGGGGGUGGGGGCAGCUACCCAGCCUGCACCUGCCGGCCGGCCUGUGCUGCUCAUUGAACUGAGGGCCACAGGCUUUGCCAGUCAAGUCCCCACUAAAGGAAGCAAAGCCGGUGACUGUCAGGAAAAGGCAGCACAGAACAUCCUGACCACCGCUCCCCUGAUGGGACCAGGGGCCCUCCGUUCAAUGUCCUGCCACCAGCCGCCACUCUUCCGGGCACUGAGCCCGCGGAGUGCUUCCACAGCGUCCUAUUGUCACCGGAGGGCAGGGAAGGCGCGGUGUUCCUGGGACGAGGCCCAGAAUGGGCAAAGUGACCACCCACUGGUCCCGCCCCGUGGAGGAGGGCGAGUCGUCUUCAGCCCCUACGCCUCCUCUCGGGGCUGAGGUCUGAAGAGGCCGGCCCUGCGCUGGGUUCGCUGGGCCCAGGGGCCCCACGUCCUCUGCUCCCCCACAGGGGACCACUGUCAACACGGACACCCCACCAGGGAGGAAGGAUGAGGCCUGGGCAGCACAGGUGGGCGCCACGGGGCGGGGUGGG